UUUUUUUUUUAGAUAACAUCUAUAAUAUAUUUUCUAAUAUUAUGAACGAUAUUGCCGGAGAAACCGAAGGAACUAGUAACAAUUUAUUACAACAAAAAACCAUGUUGGAAAGGAGAUUUCAACAUUUUUUGGAUGAAGUGACACCAUUUACACAAUAUCGAUGGAUCGCUACAACUGUAUUACUCGUUUUAUUCAUGUUACGCAUCAUCUUGGCUGAAGGCUGGUAUAUUGUCACGUACGCUCUCGGGAUUUAUAUGUUGAAUUUGUUUUUGGCUUUCUUGACUCCAAAAUUCGACCCUUCAAUGGAAAUGGAUACACAAGAAAAUGAAAUGGAAGAAGGUCCCUCUUUACCGGUCAAGAAUGAUGAAGAAUUUAAACCUUUUAUUCGACGUCUCCCUGAAUUCAAGUUUUGGUAUUCUGUCACUAAAGCAACUUUGAUUGCUUUAUUUUGUAGCUUCUUUAGUAUCUUUGAUAUCCCUGUUUAUUGGCCCAUUCUUUUGGUUUACUUUUGUGUUCUAUUUGCUAUCACCAUGCGACGACAAAUCAAACAUAUGAUCAAGUAUCGAUAUAUUCCUUUCGACAUCAACAAACGUCAAUAUGCAUCUGGAAGUAGUAGAAGCAAAUGAUUUACCCUAGAUCUUUAGUGAUUAUUAUUAGCACUUUAUUAUAGUUAUAUUUACAUCCUUUUUAUUAUUAUUAUUAUUACUAUUAUUUGAUUGUCCAUCUUUCUUCUAUCCCUCCCUCUCCAUAUUAUGUAUUUUUUUUAUACGGUUGUGAAUAUACUUUUUUUUAUUAUUAGAUCAAAAUAAAAC